UAUUUUUAGAAUAUGAUCUAAAUCGGGUCCUGUUUUGUAAAUAUCAACUGAUUCGUGUAUUUUGACGUCUAUCGACAAACAUGGCGGCCACCAUGACGCUGGACGGUUCGGGAUCAAAGAUGGAAGGAAAGAGCUCCAUUGUUGAUGAUUUUAUGUAUGGUUCCAAUGUUGCAACAGCUCACGUCUACAUACGCAUGGGGUUUCUUCGCAAGGUGUAUGGGAUCCUCACUGCACAGAUUCUGCUUACCACAAUAGUUGCUGCUCUUUUUAUUGUCAGCGAACCCAUAAAACAUUAUGUACAAAACAGUGGCUGGAUGAUGAUGACUGCUCUCUUUGGGACAUUUGGUGUACUUCUGGCUCUGAUGUGGAAACGGAAUGAAACUCCAACUAACUACAUUCUCCUUGCAGUCUUCACACUCAUGGAAGCAUACUCUGUUGGGGUUGUUGUGACGUUUUAUAAUGUGAGUGCCGUGAUUGAAGCGUUCGUCUUGACCUUGGGAGUGACACUGGCCUUGACGGUUUAUACACUUCAGAGUAAACGCGAUUUCAGCUCAUGGGGUGCUGGGCUGUUUUCUCUACUGUGGAUUUUGAUCCUUGCUGGAAUGUUGCAGUUAUUUUUCCCCAGUGUUUUGAUGGACAAGGCGAUUGCAAUCGGAGGUGCCGCCCUCUUCUCCAUGUUUAUCAUCUUUGACACACACAUGAUGAUGCACAAGCUGUCACCGGAAGAAUACAUUUUGGCGUCCAUCAACCUUUAUCUCGAUAUUCUCAACCUCUUCCUGCACAUUUUGAGAGCGCUUGGAGACCGCAAAUAACAUUACGACAUUAAGUGAUUAAUUUAAAUAGGUGUAAAAGGGACUAUGCUGAGUUUCCUGCCAUUGUAACAUGUUUGCGACCAACAGAUCCUUUUUGAUGAUUAAAAUUUCAUAUUAAAGAUAUUUUCCAGUUUAGAAUAUCAGUAUCUGUAUAAACAAAGUGUUUGUUGUCAUCCUAAUGUUUGAAGUAGGCCAAACCAGACCACAUUUUACCUUCCAAUAAUUUCAUACAUAUGAAAAAAAUUAUAUAUGGUAGAAAGAACAUCAGCAGUGAAUGCUACGAACAUUAGCACAUAACCACGAACACAUUGGAUAUACAGACACUGGUAUUAUAAACACGAGCAUGUAUUGACCAGGGCUUCUAGAUUGUGGUAGCCCUACUCCCAUGGCUAGUGAUAUUCAGUGUUGGGCUAGUAAAUAAUUACUAUAACUAGCCCGACAGCUAAUGGAAAAGAACCCAUGUCAAAUGCUGCAGUUACAUAUUUUGUAAAUAUGAAUAUAAUGCCCCCUCUUUCAACCCCGAUCUAAGGAUUUUUAAGCUCAAUCUCCCUCUUUAGGUGACAUAUCUGAUUAUUACUAUUUGUAAAAUUGCAUUUAUUUCAAAUAGGGCUAGUGAAUUUUUAAUCAUGGCUAGUACAUUUUUAAAUCCCUGAUCCCAUGGUAGUGAAUUUUUAUAAAAUUCUAGAAGCCCUGAUUGACUAUGUAAUUUUAGUCACCAAAAGGCUCUGUUAGUCAGAAACAUCUUACAAUGGUUGCAAACUCGGGCUAGUCCCUUUAAGACAUCUAUCUUGGUAGUUAAUUUCAAAUACAUGUCAAGACUUAUGUGAAUAUGUCUCCAUUUAAAACAAGAAAUAUUUUGUUUUAAGGGACGUUGUUAAAACGAACAUGUUUCAAGUACUAGUGUGUAUGUGCUUUCUGAUCAGAAAAAUACCCCAUGCCUGUAUAUAGGACGAUAUUUAAAUAAUGUUUCUAUAAUAUAGUUGUGAAUAUAUGUGACAAUUACUAGUUGCUUCAUUGGAAAACAAAAUAAGUACUUUUUAAGUAACGUUGUAGUAUAAAAUAUCAUUAUUCAGGAUUCACACCAGAAAUGAAUGUGGAGGUAAAAUUAUUGAAAUGUCUUUAGUUCAUGCAGCAUUUUAUUAUCGCCUUCAUUUGUCUCUACCUAAUCUGUGUAAACAUUAGAAUGUAGCUACUUCUCGGAUCAGCCUUGCUUAUAAAUUUAUGAUUCAUUGAAAAGUUUGCCUUUUAUAAUGAUGUAAUUUUUCUUCUUUUUUGCAGAUUUCUUCACCUUUUUUCUUUCUUCUUUUUGGGGGGGGUUUAUAAAACUUAUUACUGUUUACAAUAUAGAUGGAAUUUGAUCCAAAAUGUGGAAAGAUUACCUUUUUCUAAGUAUGAUCAGGGCUAGUUCUGGCAGUCUCCACAUUCGGCAGUUGUGAAUUUUAAAAACAAUUGUUGAAGUUUAUUUCAGAUGCAAAUUGUCACUGUUUAAUCCAGUAUUAAAUGAUCUCAGUGUGUGUAUUGUCAUACCCUGUACCAGUCCUCACUAAAAGUAGUUUUUGUCGGUAAUGUCAGUUUUGCUCAAUGUAAGAAGAAAAGGGAAACUGUUUGGAAAUCAAAACAAAUAUAUUUGCAAGAACAUUGGUUAUGGAAUAAAUAAAACAACAGUACUCCCUCAUAAUGAAGACUUGUCAUCUGCUUAUACGAAGUUUCAAAUUAUAUUUUCUUGAUUUUUUUUUUAUCCUUCAUAUAGCCAAUCUAACCAAUAGACACAGAUUAACAAACAAAUUAUCAAGAAAAUAUAAUAUGAAAUAAGUGAACCACAGUACAUUCUGCAUUAAGCAACCACCAAGGGCAUAUCUAAACAUGACAUAUCAACCCCUGCAAU